CCAUCGAUAAUUUCUAUACGCGGCAGUUUUUUUUGUUUCUUUAAAUAAAAUGGAGGAUAUUACAAAAGUGGCUGAUAAUACGAAUGGCGACCAGCAGCAGCCCCCUUUAGCAGACAUCGUGACCACCGAAGGCAGCAACGGGGAAGCACAGAAUACCGAAAAGCCGAACUCAGAGACGGAAAUCUCUGCCCCCGAAGUGAAUAAGGAAGCGGAAGCUGUGAAGGAAAGCAAGGACGAUACCACCGCUCUUGCAGAGGCAAAAGAAACUAGCACUGAGGGUGAGCAUAGUGUGAAGCAAGAUCCUGCUGCAGAAACGGAAGCUACCGCUGGUUCUGCUGGCACUGAACAGCAAGAAGUUAAGCCCGCAGAAGUGGCACCAAGCAGUAAGGAGACCUCUUCAGCAGAGACAAACAAUACGGAAGGGAAAGAAUCUACAAAAGUCGAGAUCAUCGAGGCAAAAGGAGGGGAUAUCAAGAUGACUGAAACACCCGAGGAAAGCCACACGAUGGAAGUCGAGGACGAACAACCUACAGCGGCAACGGUGGAUCCUGUUAGUGCACCGAUUCCAAUAGAAAAACAGAUUGUCGAACAGCAACAGCUUGAGAAAUUGGCUGUACAGAAUAUCACAGGAAACAGUUCCCUGUCGCUGCUUUGUCAGUACGCGGGAAGCUCCGAUGAUUCGGAAUCCGAUUCCGAUAGCAUGGAUGAAGGCCAAAAGAAGCUUCCCUCUUCUUCGUCGUCGGAUGAUGACGAUGAUGUGCAGGAAACGAAGGAGCACGUCCUGGCAGAGAGCUAUCGUUACCGCGAAGAUCCGAUACUGGUCAGUGAUGCGGAAACCAUGGACACCAAUGCCGUGUCGUCCGAUGAUGAAGAAGAAGAGAGCACCGCCAAGGCUGGUCCGCUUCGUACGAAAGGAGAAAUCCUGUUGCACGAAUUGCCACCGAUCGAGGAGCUAACGAUCACGGUUCCGGAGGAAGAAUGUAAACCAAUUGGCCGUAUCGAUUCGAUUGUCGCCCAGAUCGUGCUGGUGCAGUCGGAACCGGGUGUGGAGCUACUUAAUCUGGAGACCGUUCUGUUUCUGGAACGCGGAAAGCGAACUUUGGGCAAAAUUUUUGACGUCAUCGGACAGGUGAACCGACCGAUCUACUGCGUCCUGUUCAACUCGAACCAGGAGGUGCUGGCCAAAAACAUCACCGUUGGAAUGGAGGUGUUCUGUGCACCGCGCACCGAGCACACUUCGUUCAUCAUUCUGUCGGAGUUGAUGCGAAUGAAGGGUUCGGAUGCAAGCUGGAUGAAUGAUAAUGAGCCACCGCCAAAUAUGGUCGAGUAUUCGGAUGAUGAAUCCGAACGGUAUGCCAAAAAGGGCCACAAAAAGGGUGCCAAAGCGAAGGACCCCUCGGGACAGCAUGUCCAGCCGCAACAAAACCCACAGCAGUACCAACAGCAGUAUCAACGAUCGUACCAACAACCGAGGGGCCAGUUUAGGCGUCCCACAGGAAACUACCGGAGAAACAAUUACCCGCGGCGCCCAUCGGGAUACAGUUGGCAUCAUAACUUGAACCAAUCUGACCACCAUCGACAACCGCAGCAAACGCAAGGUUCAGCCCAACAGUCCAACAAUCCCACCAUGCUACCGAAUCCCUUCGCUUCAGUACGACAACCGCCCCCUUCUGGACCCCAAUAAUCGUGAUCGCGAUCUUCCAGCCGAAGCUGGAAUUGGUAUUGGAUGCUAUUAACCCGCAUCGCCACAGAUAAUGGCAAAGGAUGUAUUGAAUUAACACGCAGGGCUACGUGUUGUGUAAGAACUACGCUUUUCUUCAGUGAAAAGAUGUUGAUUUGAAAUAAACUAUAAGAUUGAAUUUUUAU